GCCAGAGACACGUUGAACAGACAUGUCAGCCUCCACUGCGUAGAGAACAGCUGCUAGUUUAGUGAUCCUAUAUUACUGGACUCAACUAUGGUUCUCUCUCAGGUUAUUGCGGACUCGCAUUCCUCCGACACAAGUACCAUCCUUCGUGUCAGAGGGCCGCUGGAGUUCAAAUGUCACCUGGACAGCACAGAUGCACGGCUCAUGCACAAAGUCAUCUCAAGAACAUUCGAGAUGCUUCAAUCUCAGGUGAAAUCUGAAUCAUGUGUUCUAUCAGUCUGUGACAGUCCUGUUAUUGUUUGGCCAAACAGAGGUGUUUACGCAACACCUGAAGAAAUAACUCCAAACACACUAUGUGAAGAUAUACAUCAAUGGAUUCAGUCAGAUAAACAAGAGGCUGCUGGCAAGAGAUCUGCAAAAAAGAAAAGCAAAAAAAGUUCAGCAGCAAGUGUCAUUAACCUUCGCCUGAUGAUGGAGGCGACAAAGACAGGGCCCCUUUCAGCCCCGAUCCUCAGCAGAACAGUCCAGAAAUCCCACUUCCUGUCUACAACUCUGCCUGUGGACUGCAUCGUCCAUACCACCGUCAAUGAAACAAUCAAAGAUGCCUUUGAGCGCCUGUUGGAGGCGCUAACUCAUCAGCUGUGUGAGAUGGAGAAAGUGACCUUGCAACACAUGAAGGGGACCACGCUGCUGGUACCUGAACCGCUCCACUUCCUCCUUCCAGAGCCAAAAGGGCUAGUGACCGUGGUUUACCCUGCAGGAGUGCCUGACAGCCAACUGGAGACACAACGUAAGGAACUGCAUCAACAGCUUGAGCUACCAGAUGACUGGCCCUAUGUUAGAAGAGCCAAUGCUUACCACUUUCCCAAUGAGCCCUACAAAGAUGGUUACCUCCGAAACCCUCAUCUGGUCCUCACACAUCCCACGCUGGACAAUGGAAAGGUGUACUUGGUCCAGGGGAUCUACAGCUAUCACCACUACAUGCAGGACCAUAUGGAUGACAAUGGCUGGGGCUGUGCUUAUCGCUCCCUCCAGACUAUCUGCUCCUGGUUCCAGCAGCAAGGCUACGUAGAGCGGGCCGUGCCCACACACAAAGAGAUCCAACAGGCUUUAGCGGAUGUUGGAGACAAACCGGGAUCCUUUGUUGGAUCACGCCAGUGGAUCGGAUCCAUUGAGGUUCAGGCUGUUCUGAACCAGCUGCUUGGGGUCACUUCCAAGAUCAUGUUUGUGAGUCAAGGUUCUGAGCUGGCAUCCAAAGGCAGAGAACUGACCAACCACUUCCUUACUGAAGGGACUCCCAUCAUGAUUGGAGGGGGAGUUUUAGCUCACACUAUUCUAGGUGUGGCAUGGAGUGAGACCAGCGGGCAGAUCCGCUAUCUCAUCCUAGAUCCACAUUACACAGGAGCAGAGGACUCACAGGUUAUCGCAGACAAGGGCUGGUGUGGCUGGAAAGGAGCAGAUUUUUGGGAUCAAACUGCGUAUUAUAAUCUGUGUCUUCCUCAGAGGCCGAAGAUCAUCUGAGCUCUCACAACCUUUCAGACAGACAUCCUCUGACAUUGGUAAAACAUUCACAAAAUGUAGGAGUGUCAUUUCAAAUUUGAGUAAUUUCUAUAAUGAUGUAAAAUUUGGUCAUGUGCUACAUAAAUCAUUGUCUACAACAAAGGCACAACAAGAGAUGGAUGUAAUUUGUUAUUAAAAAUAGGAAUUGAUCUUAUCCUGUACUGUACUUUAUUACCAUUAUUGAAUAAUACAAAUGGCUGGUGAAAUAUGUAUAAAAAGUGUCAUUUAAUUCAGAAAUAUGUUUUAUUAUUGCUUUGUUACCAGUAGACAAAUUGCUAAUCUUACAAAUAAUUAAACUUUCUUUUCAGUUACAGACUAGAACUGGAAUUAUCAGCCAAUCAAAUAAAAAUAUUUGGUUUUGUCCUCUUUUUUUCAAGCAAAAAUGCCAAAUAUUCCCUGAUUCUAGCUUCUCAAAGUAUAAGGAUUUGAUACUUUGUCAUACAUGACAGUAAAUGGAAUGUCUUUGUGUAUAUGUAUGUGUGUAUGUGUAUACGUAUACGUGUGUGU